UUGGCUGGGGUCAAACGAUGUUGCGCAUGCGUAGAUGUGUUUCACGGUUAGCGACGGAAAUCUGUCAGCUCAGCUGUGCCUGGAUUUCUGUUGAACCCUCAAAUAUUCCUGUGUACCGAGUUCGUCUGGUUAGUUCUAAAGAUUUAAAUCCAGAUUUUGGUUUCACUUCAGUUUAUACUUUAGAGUUUGAAGGCGGAAUUUCCGUAAAGGAGGACACGAUGUCGAGCAGCUCCAAGCGAAAAGAAGAAAGUCACCUGCUGAAUGGGGGAGUAAAACAGUCCACAUGGAGCAAAGCGUUCAACAGUAAAGCAGUCUGGGAGGAGAAGGAUGAGUUUUUAGACGUGAUCUACUGGCUCAGACAAAUUAUUGCAGUUAUCCUCGGUGUGAUUUGGGGAGUUGCACCAUUGAAAGGAUUUCUCGGAAUAGCCAUUUUCUGCGUCAUCAAUGCCGGCGUGCUGUACGUAUACUUCAGCAGCUUUCAGCAGGUUGAUGAAGAGGAGUACGGGGGCACAUGGGAACUCACCAAAGAAGGCUUCAUGACCUCUUUUGCCCUUUUUCUGGUGGUGUGGAUAAUCUUUUACACAGCUCUACAUUUUGACUGAGAAGAACUCCACAAGGCUCUAAACAGACAUUUCUGUCGGAAUAAAAUGAGAAGCAAGAAUACCUGAAUGGUUCUGGGGUGUCAUCACCCCCUACAUACUCUCUGACUUCUGGGUGUGCAGUCCAUCAAAGGAAUACUUGUCCACAAAGCAAGAACUCGGACAUGAACGGCAGUACAAACCUCUCUACAAACUGAUGCUUCCUUUUUGUUUUCAUGGUAUCUUCCAUUGCACUUCUCAGAUGUUCAUCGUUUGUCUUUACAUCAUGCAGAUCAUUUAUGACAGAAACACUAAAGAUAGGAAUGAAUUAGUUUAGCUCUGACUGAUAUUCUUUUUUUUCUUUCAUUAUGGAUUGUGGAGGUUGUGACAUUGUUCUGAAAUAAUUGAGUCUUAAAGAAACAACACAUUUUAUGCGUGGAGGAUAACAGUAAAUUAAAGUCCAGUCCCUGGUCAUUUCCAAAUGUUUAUUUUGCAAAUUAAAGGAAAACAGACGAUGAAGUCAGAUGUCCAAGAUUCCGCCCUUCAACAUUGGCAAUAUUCCAUCAUGUAUUGAAGAAAAUACCUUUACAAAACCCUUCCUUCAACUAAUUUGAAGGAUCUCAAAAAGUUUGGCUUGUUUAAGAAAUUGGAGUUGAGGUUGUUGUCUAUCUGUGGUUUUAAAGUUGAUGUUUUUUUUAUUAUUUUCUGCUCCAAAUAAACUGCCAUUUUCCCCUCAAAAUAAACUGAGAUUUAACAAAAGUGAAUACACAUCACAGCAUAUCCAACAUCAAAUGGAGUGCUGGUUGUGACUUUUUUUUCAUCCAGUCUUAUAGUUAAUAGUAGUGAUUAGCUGCCAUUAAGGUGGAGGAUUAUCCACCAUCCAGGAUAAGAGGAAAUGUGCAUGUUGUGUUAAGAUUUGUUCACAGGUUGGAGUUGAACCAGAUCUGUGCACUGCCAUGAUUUGUGUCGAGUGUUGUUGGUUUCAAAUUAAGUUAAAGGAUAAUUUAAAAUUGAGUAGCUGCAUUUUUUUUAAUUUCUAAUCAAAAGUUUGUCUGUUUUUUUCUUUAUUUUUAUUUAAAGUCAUCUGUAAAUUCAGUCAGUGGUCAUGUUUGUUAAAUCCAUGUUGUAUUACAGAGAUAUCUUUAUCUUGUUUGAUAUAACAUCUCUCAGUAUUGUAUAGAACUUGCAGUUCUUGCAAAGCUAUUGUAAUGAUAGUUAUAUUCAGUAUGCAGCUGGCGUUUCAAAUGAUUGUAUUUUCUGACACGUCUUUUAAGAAUCAUUAAACAUGGGCUUUGUUUAGCCUCCAUUUUCAAAAAAA